GUACGCCGCGCGUGUUCCUCGCGAGCGGUUCUCCGGCUACUGAUCCGGCCCGCCCGCGCGGCAAACAACACGUUCAUCAUAACCCGGUACUUUUGCGUUCCCCGAAAAAUCAAGGAAAAGUUUUCCCCGACACCUGUUGGACUAAUUAAAAAUAACUACUGAAAUGUUCACGGACUAAGUGCGAGUCAAACAAAAUGGCUGCUGCCAUGAUUGCUGAUCGAGGACUUCGUAAAAAGUUGACACAGGAAGCUAUUCCUGUGAAAACUCCUAAAAAGCCGUCGAAGCGCAAAUCGACCGCGGGCGGCUCAAGGAACGACAAAAAGAACGAGCAAAACAACAACAAACGGCCGAAAGUUCACACCGGAGACCCUAAACUGGAUUUAUUUGAGACUUAUCAACCUUGGGUCAUCCAGACUUAUGGAGAUUUGGCUAAAACCAAGACUAUAACACUUAAAAAGUACGCCAGGAUCCUUCGUACGCUUCGCGGGGAGGAGUGUAACAGUUCGGACAGUUCAAAGUUUCGUUUUUGGGUGAAAGCGAAGGGUUUCCACGUGGGGAAGCCGCCGGGUUACGAGGCGAAGCCGGCCGACGGCAUCGUGUGCCGCUACAGCGUGCAGGACGCGGAGGGCUGCGCUAGGAACCCCGAGGGGAAGGAGAUCUACACCGGCUCGCAGAAAGACCCGCCGCUUUACAUCCCUACACCACCGUUAAAGAAUGCACCAAAUCAGGAGCCAGUGUAUCGAAAAGUCGCCAUAGUUGAAAACUUCUUCGACAUCAUCUACACCGUUCACGUGGAGCUUGAAGGUCGACCAGGCAAGCAUGCUGGGCAGAAACGUACAUACAGAACUAUAACGGAGACGUACGCGUUCCUGCCUCGCGAGGCAGUCACGCGCUUCCUCACCGGAUGCGCUGAAUGCGCGCGGCGCCCGCGCAGCGCUUCACCACCACCCCUACCCACUCCGUCCCCUUCCCCCACGCGCCACCCCACCUACCUACCCUUCCUACCUCACUGCCCUACCGAUUACACCAGAAACUGGGAAUCAGAGAUAGACGCGGCGCACUCCAACUACCCAUACGAACCCAAAUUUGACUACACCGAACUCCAGCCUCUUAAAAAAGUAGAAAGCCCGAAAGCAACAGACUCUGAAGACCAAGAACCUACGUAUAUAGAGCUUACAUCAAAGAAAGUCAACGGUUUUGACUCAAAUCCCUUAUUCAGUAGAAGUUCGCCCGUCGAACCGCCGUUUAGAGAAGAGGAACCCGUCAGAACAGACCCGGAGAUCGACAAAGAUGAGAACAGCCUGAUCGACGUAGAAGAUGUCAAAAGUGACAGCCCUGUCCCUAGCGUGAUCCCGAAAGACGAGGACUGUGACAAAGAUAAAGAAAUCGUAAGAGUUAAAGAAGAAAAGACUGAUGAUAAGAAACAGAAGAAGUAUAAUCCCUUGGACGUGGCUAAUUUGACGUCUAAAGAUCCUCCGAAGUCGGCAUCUCCGCCUAGAAAGAAGUUGUUGCCUUCAAGUUUAGAGUAUUCCAAUUCGUUCGGACGGUUUCCAAAGCCAUGGCGGCCGGAUGGGGGCGUGUACUUCGGCGGGGAGGAGGUGGACUACAGCGUGCCCAUAACGACGGCGUAUCUCAAGCAUAUGCGGAGUAUGGCGUAUCAAGAACGGCUGGACAUGGAAAAUAAGGAUAAUUUAACACCAGAACCGGUUGAUAUGAACGAUGAUGAUAACUUCUCAAGUCAGGCCUACGCGAAAGACGCAGAGAAGUUGAAAAUGAUGUUGCUAGCAUGGAAUUACCACAGCCAGACACAAGGCCGCAACGGCGACAUCACCGAGAGCGGGGCCGACAGCAUGGCGGACCUUUGGGCCUCGUACCACAGCGCGUUGGGCCUCGGCAGCAAGCCGCCUAAGCCGCCCACGCCCCUGGCCACUGGCCAUUCGAGUCCCAUCCACGUGGGUUCAGCGACGCCGGUGGAGCCCGCGUCCACGCACGACGAGACGUCAUCGUCGGACCGCACGAAGGAUGACGACGACGGCGGCGCAUCCGACGAUGACAGCGACGACCGCGUCGACCCACAGCACCAUGACCCGGAGCGGCUUAAAGCUUUUAAUAUGUUCGUCCGCCUCUUCGUCGACGAAAACUUGGACAGGAUAGUUCCCAUCUCAAAGCAGCCGAAAGAGAAGAUCCAGGCCAUCAUCGACUCGUGCACCCGACAGUUUCCGGAGUUUGCCGAGCGCGCCCGAAAGCGCAUCCGGACGUACCUGAAGAGUUGCCGGCGCAACAAGAAGGUGCGCGGCGAAGGGCCGACCACGGGCAACGGAGGCAAUGCCACGGGGACCACCAACGCUUGGGACACUGCGGUGCGGCCGACGCCUGCGCACCUGACGUCGGUGCAGGCCGAGCAUAUCCUGGCGCAGGCGUGCGAGAACGAGAGCCUCAACGCCAAGCGCAUGCGGCUCGGCCUCGACCCCGUCAGCCAGCCCAUGCCCACUGUGCCCACGCCGAUGGCCGUAGACACGACAGCAACAUCAGCCGUGGCAUCCUCGUUCCUGAGCAUGUACAGCAUCAACCCGUCCUCCGCGCCUGCCACAUCCACCUCCAACACCACGUCCUCCUCGCACAGCAAGGCCGCCGCCGACACCACGAGACCCUCCAUCAGCCCUACGCUCGAGAACCCGCUGCUGAAUAACAACAGUCUCAAGCUGGACAACGCUAAUGGGAAUGCUGGCAGUAAGACUGCUAGCCCCGCUUCGUCUCCGGCACCGCUGUUCAGACCUUCUUUCCCGUCCACUUUCGGGACACCGCAGACUUUUGGGCGCCAGAGCACCAACACAAAUCCGGCCACAGCUUUGUCGAGCAGCGCCCUGUUGUCCUCGUUAUCAGCAUUGCCUCCAUCAGGUGUAGGCGUGAACGCGGCGAUGGCGGCGUACCAAAGCGCACUGCUGUCCGCUAUGGCGGCGCACACACAUUCCUUCCCCACUAAUCUAUCCGCGCCAACAGACCUGUCCCUGAAGAGCCCCGCGCCGACGGCGGCGGCGGCGGCGGCGGCGGUGCACCUGGCGCCGGCGGCCCCGCUCAGCAAGCCGCUGCUGUCGCACAAGCUGUCGGGCGCCGAGGUGGGCGCCGUGCGGCAACUCAUCACCGGCUACCGCGAGUCCGCCGCCUUCCUCCUGCGCUCCGCCGACGAGCUCGAGACCCUCCUCCUCAACCAACCCUAGGACGAAGCCAAAACCGACCUCGCCAAUAUAUUCGGUUUCAAAUUUGGAUAUUUCUGAACUGUGCUAGUACAAAUUGUGAUUAAAAUUCGUCUCGCGCUUUCGGUGCGGUUUUGAACGUUACUAUUGACGGUGUCGUGUCAAUUUUUGGUCUAUGUGAUG